AUGUGUUUAAGAAUGUGCGCAGUGUUAGCACUAUUGCCUCAUCAUCAAAUUGAGGAGGGAUUUCAAGAGAUUAAAAUCCAUGCCCAAAAUAAUAAGGUUUUGAUGCUAAGAUUUUUUACAAAUUUUAACAGUUUUUGGCUCACUCGAAAAGCUCCAGAGUGCUUUUCAGUAUUCAAUCAACCACGGCGCACCAAUAACAACAUUGAAAGUUUUCAUUACAGUCUUAAACAGACUUUUCAGGUGACACACCCAAAUUUGUGGAGAAUGUUGGAACAUUUGAAAAACUUAUCAAUGAAGCAACAUAUUAUGGUGAAUCAAUUAGCAGCAGGAAUGGCUACAACACGCAACACAAAAAUUAAAUUCCUUUUAAAUAGUCUACGCAACAAUUCUGAAGAAGAGGCUGAUAUUAAUGUGAUUAAUGCACCUGUAAUUGAGGUCAUUGAAGAUCUUCAAUUGAAUAACAAUGUUGUUGAUAAUCCAGAAAUAAAUGAUCCUGAACAAGAAGUUCCAGCAGAGGUUGAAAAUCAAGCUGUCAAUAAUAUACUGAAUCCAGAAGAAGAAUAUAAUGAGGCAGAUUUCUUUGUACCUGAGGAUUUGGCCUUGGCAAUUUGGGAGGAGCAAUAUGGUAAUGAUGAAGAACAAGAAAUACCAUAUGCUCCUGUUCCUCAAAAUAUUGCAACCAUGUUUCCUCGUAGAAAUGAAGAGGAUCUAUGUGUUGUGUGUAGAGAUGGUGUGAGAACACAUGCACUUAUACCGUGUGGGCAUAGAGUUCUGUGUGUCGAUUGUGUGCCAAGGUUGGAACGAGAGAAUUGUCCUUUGUGUAAUUCUCACUUUACAGGUACUAUAAGAAUUUGGUAA